AUGGUCCAUCCACGCGCUGCUGCCCGGCGCCACACUGGCUGCGUGGUCGUCGACGGUGUCCCCCUUCCCUGGCGACUGACGGUGCGCUACCUUGAGCUCAUUAUUGAUCACCGCCUGACGUGGUACCCUGUCGUGAAGCAGCUUCGCGCUGCCAUGCGCCGAGUUGAAGGCGCGGUGCGCGCGCUCCUCGCGCGUGGUGCUCUCGCCACGCCCUUGUUGGCGGUGGGCAUAUACGCUCCGGUGGCGCUGUCCAAGGUGCUGUACGCGCUCCCACUGUUCAGCCUUCGACCGCAUCUGUGGCGACACAUCGACUGGAACCAUCGACGAGUGCUCCGCAUGUACCACGGCCUGCCCCGCACAUCCCGUCUGGCGGAGACGCUCGCGGAGACCGGCGCGUGGCCCGUCUCCCUCACCGCUGAUCUGCGCGCGCUCGGCCACAUCGAGCGCCUAUCCCGUGCCCUAGAUGACGGCCACACGCUGUCCUACCUCCGCGGACUUCCCAAGUCUCGUGUGGGUAAGCUGUUCGAGCUGUACGACAGCCUGGUGGUCGAUGCCCCUGCGACCCCUGCAGCCUGGCCGCCACCAAACCAGCGUGUGCCGCUGCGCGUGUGCCUCGACCUGCCGGGCGUCCGCUCCAAGCACCGCACCCCUCAUUGCGCUGUGGUGCAGGCGGCUGCUGCACGGAUACAGGACGACCUGGUGGGGAGGGCACACCUCUACACAGACGGUUCUGUCCGUCAGGACGGUUCCGCGGCCGCUGCCUGCGUUGUGCCGAACCUCGAUGUCACGAGACAGUGCCGCCUGUCCUACCGAGCUUCCUCCACCACACCGGAGCUUGUGGGACUCCAUCUGGCAGCCGACAUCCUCGAAGAGUCGCCGUUCCUCAACCGAGUGGCGAUUACUUGCGACUCGAGGUCCGCUUUGCGCCACCUGCUACUCGACGAGCGCGCGCCGCCACUGGUGCAACGCGUUCCCUGCAGGCUACACACACUGCAGCAACAGGGAUGCGACCUGCGCUUUCAGCGGAUACCCUCGCACGUCGGUAUUCUGGGAAACGAGUCGGCGGACGACCUUGCAAGGCGCGCCCACGAUCCUGAAUCCGCGCUGUCGCCGCGAGUCAACUCGUUUGUCGCGGCGCGGUUUCACUUCAAACGUGAGCUCGCGCGUGCGUCAUCCCGACAGCCGCGGCGCGCAGUGGCGCCCGUCACGCCAUCUCCCGGAAGCCGGCUCCACUAG